AUGCGGAAGGCGUAUGAUCGUGUGGAAUGGAGUUAUUUAGAGGCUAUCAUGCUAAAGCUGGGGUUUAGUCCUGUUUGGGUUGCCCUAGUGAUGAGGUUGGUGUCCACCGUAUCUUUCUCGGUUCUUUUCAAUGGAAUACCGCAGGAAGACUUCUGUCCCUCCCGAGGGAUUCGUCAGGGAGAUCCUUUGUCCCCUUAUUUGUUUUUGUUGGCAGCAGAGGGCCUCUCGGGCCUCCUCAAGUUUAACCAGUCACCAGCGUUUCAGGGAGUGAAAGUGGCGGCGUCCGCCCCGGCGGUAAACCACCUGCUCUUUGCUGAUGACAGCCUGCUGUUCUUCCAUGCAAAUAAUGAGGGUGCUCUGGAGAUGAAAGAGUUACUAAAUAAGUAUUGCAAUGCGUCAGGGCAACGCAUCAAUGUGGACAAAUCAUCUGUCUACUUUAGCAAAGGGUGUCCAGGGGGAGUUAGAGAAGGGAUCAAGGGGAUCUUGGAAGUUGACCGGGAGACUCUUAAUGAAAAGUAUUUGGGCAUGCCUGCCGAUGUGGGGAGUUCGAAGAAUGGAGCAUUCAAAUAUUUGAGAGACAGAGUAUGGAAGAAGAUUCUAGGCUGGAUGGAAAUACUCCUAUCUGUGGGAGCCCGCCAGGCUUGGCGUCUACUCCAGGUACCAGACUCUCUGUGUGCUAAGAUCUUGAAGGUUGUUUACUACCCGGAUGGGGAUGUUCUGUCAGCAGGUCUGGGCUCUCAUCCGUCUCAAGUAUGGCGUUCGAUCAUAGAGGGACGCGAUGCUCUGAAGAUCGGGCUGAUUAGGCGCAUCGGAGACGAACGCUCUACUGAUGCAUGCGUGCAGAAUUGGCUGCCUAGAGAUGAACGGCUGAGACCUGUAGCGCCAAGGAAAGCUGAUGCACCGCAGAUGGUUGGUGAUUAUAUCCAUCAUCAUAUUGCAGCUUGGAACAUGGAGAAGCUAGAAGAGUACUUCCUUCCGAUGGAUGUGGAGAUAAUUCGAAAUAUUCCGCUGUGUACUCGGUUCCAAGAUGACUUCUGGUCUUGGCAUUUCGAGAAUAACGGACAGUUUUCAGUGCGCUCUUGCUAUCGGGCGCUUGCAGCGACGAAGCGGGUACAUGAAGACUGGCUGGAUGGUAAUUCGGCAGCAUCGGAUACAACCAAGGAAGAAAAGGCGUGGAGCAAACUAUGGAAGAUUUCUGUGCCGUCCAAAAUACGUUUGUUCCUUUGGAGGUUGGCAAAACACUCGAUACCAACAGAGGACAUUAGACAUCAUCGUCAGAUGGCUCCGACGCCGGCAUGCUCUAUAUGCGGGUUGGAGGACUCAUGGCGACAUUCAUUAAUUGAGUGCAAUCCUGCACGCUGUGUGUGGGCGCUAACAGCCGAGGAUAUCACUGAGCAUAUAGCUAUGUCGACAGAGCCCACGGCAAAGCAAUGGCUGUUCCAUAUGAUAGAGUCUAUGGGAAAGGAUGACCUCACUCGUAUGCUUGUAACUUUAUGGGCGAUUUGGCAUGCGAAGAGGAAGGCAGUGCAUGAGGACAUAUACCAGAGUCCAAUGGCGACGAUGGGUUUUGUCAACAACUUCCUGUCGGACCUGGCUGUUGUGAGAGAGGAAGCCCAGCUGCAGCAGCGCAAGCCUGUACCUGUUUCGAGGCAGGCGGCUUGGAUCGCUCCACCUGAAGGCAGGAGCAAGAUCAAUGUAGAUGCGGCGGUGGCGAAAUCUGAAGCAAAGGGUGCGGUCGCCGCGGUUUUCAGGGCCAGUAAUGGCACAUAUCUGGGAGCUUCGGCAAUGGUUUAUGAGGGUAUUACUGACCCCAGAUGCUUGGAAGCUUUGGCGUGUCGAGAAGCUCUGGACAUUGCUGAUGACCUUCUAGUAGGACCGAUGCAGGUGGCAUCGGAUUGCCUCGAGGUGGUGAAUGCCCUUCAUAGUGACUACAAGGGAUACUUAGGGAGCAUCAUUACCGAGAUCAAGGGUAGGAGUAGAGAUAGAGGCUUUACCUUUUUCUGUCAUGAGAGAAGGGAGUGUAAUGUUGAAGCUCACCGUUUGGCAAGAGGCACAGAGCUAGAAUCAAGCAAGAAUGGCAAGCAUAGGCAGGCACUGAGCAUAAGAAAUCUUGCACAGAGGCAUGGCAAGGCUGCACACAGCAAGAGCACAAGCACUGGCAUGGCCAUGGCAACAAUGGCCAAGGCCAGUGGAGCCCAGCAGCAUGAACAGCAUAGCAGUAGCAGCACAGCAACCCAGCGAAGCGACGAGCACAACAACUAG